AUGGCGAACUAUAGCCUAGCAAGCUUCAGUCGUUCAAUGCGCCCUCGGGCCGCGCAAUGGUCUCGACCGCAGCCACGACGAGGUUUCUCCACGCCUUCUCCUCCUCCAUCACCACAGCCCGGGCGACCACCAGCUUCUUCCCCAAAAGAUGUUCGCUCACGCUUGCGCCAGUUCAAUGAUCGUCUCCCUCGCUUCCUUCGAACCGUUACGACGCCGUUACUGGGAGCUCCGGUGACCCAUGUUACAUCCUUCCUCAUCCUGCACGAAAUGACUGCUGUGUUACCACUGUUUGGCCUGGUGGGCGCAUUUCACUACGGGAAUUGGAUGCCCGACCUCAGCUCUGGCUCGGGGGAGAGCGAGGGCAAUGCGUUCGACGAGGGAGCGGCCCGAUUCGGGCGAUGGUUAAAGAAGAAGGGCUGGGCAGAGGAAUCGGACGUUAGCGCUGUGAAGGAACAUGAGACUACAGUAGUAGAACACCGUAGUGGACAGCAACAAGCUGGUGUACGCUUAGUUCUGGAAUUCGCGACGGCCUACGCAAUCACCAAAGCAUUAUUGCCUUUCCGAAUAGUUGCGAGUGUCUGGGCUACGCCGUGGUUUGCGAGGUCGAUCCUCAGCCCGACAACUCGCAUGGCGAAGCGGUUAUUCAGUCGGAACUGA